UUUUAUUGUGAAGGUUGUGGUCGGAUGUCCUCGUUUAAACGUCAUAGUGAAAUGAAGCGCAUGCGCAACGGGUUGAAAACGGAACACGGGACCUUCGCGUUGCGUUAAGAUGAGCUCCAUUGGUACCGGGUACGACCUGUCGGCCUCCACCUUCUCUCCAGAUGGGCGCGUGUUCCAGGUGGAGUACGCCAUGAAGGCUGUGGAGAACAGCAGCACGGCAAUAGCUAUUCGCUGUAAAGACGGAGUUGUGUUCGGGGUGGAGAAGCUCGUUCUGUCCAAACUGUACGAGCAGGGAUCCAACAAACGUAUCUUCAACAUUGACAGACACGUCGGCAUGGCGGUGGCAGGUCUGUUGGCUGAUGCUCGUUCCUUGUCUGAAGUAGCGAGAGACGAAGCGUCCAGCUUCAGAUCCAGUUAUGGACACGACAUCCCUCUAAAGCACUUGUCGGACAGAGUGGCCAUGUACGUCCACGCCUACACGCUCUACAGCGCCGUCCGGCCGUUCGGCUGCAGUUUCAUCCUGGGAUCGUAUGACAAAGAUGAUGGUCCUCAGCUCUACAUGGUCGACCCAUCAGGGAUCUCGCAUGGUUACUGGGGUUGUGCCAUUGGAAAAGCAAAGCAAGCUGCAAAGACAGAGAUUGAAAAACUGCAGAUGAAGGAGAUGACCUGCAGAGAGCUCGUCAAAGAGGUCGCCAAAAUAAUCUACAUCGUCCAUGACGAGGUGAAGGACAAAGCCUUCGAACUGGAGCUCAGCUGGGUCGGAGAAGUGACAAAUGGACGACAUCAGCUAAUUCCUGAAGAGGUGAGACAAGAGGCUGAGAAGUACGCAAAGGACUCUCUGGAGGAAGAGGAUGACUCUGAUGAAGACAACAUGUAACUCUUCAUCCCAUUGUUUAAGUGUUGCAGUUAAACCUUCAUGUUGGUUUUUGUUUUAAAAAUAAAGAAAUCGACUAACUUUGUUUCUGUCGUCAGUUAACUGCAUCACCGGAGUACAAGUACCUCUACCGUAGUACACAGCUCUGUAUCGAAGUACCUCUCUGAGAGACAUCUGAGAGGUACUUAUUGUACUGCACUGCAUUGUGGUAUGUUCCUCCUGUUAUGUCCCAAGAUACUUUGCAGAGGAUCUGGGUGCUUUGUUCUGUUUGUCCCAGUUGACGGCAUCCGGCAUGAAACGCUAGGAGUGAAUUACCCACAAUUUGCAGUGACUCUAAAGAUGGGUUACUGCAGGAACCCUAGAGCAUAAAGUGUAUAAGUAGACUGACAUGUGAGAUGCCCAGUGGGUCGGAGAGCGAAGCUGAGGGCAGUCGUUUCAACCCCCGCUCCCAUGUCCAUCUCUCUGCCACCCCACCUCAUGUCUUUUCCACUCUGCCUCUGCCCCCACCUGUCUGUCUCCUCCGCCCCCCCUGUAUCUCCCAGGCGGUGGCAUGUAAGUCAACGCCUACACUCUACAGCGCCGGCUGCAGGUGAGUCUCCAACUGAGCGUGGUGCGUUCAGGGACAAACCCCAAGGAACAAUGUUGUCUCUACAGUUUAAUCAUGGGAUCGUGUGACAAAGAUGGUCCUCAACUGUACAUCUACACCUCAGGCGACUGCGCUCUACUACAUACAUGAUGAGAGUCAGAUAGGUUUCGCAUAUUAGGCUGAAUUCCUGUGAUGUCACUUCCUCUUGGCUGUCUGACCAAUCCCUGAGCUGAACUAUUUUCCUCUCACACAAACAUGUCUGUCUCUGUGAUUGACAUUUUCCUUUUCUUAUUGUUUACAAAGGGACAUCAGCUGAUUCCUGAAGCGCUGAGAGGAUGAACUGAGGAGAAUGCAAAGGGACAUCAGCUGAUUCCUGAAGCGCUGAGAGGAUGAACUGAGGAGCAUGCAAAGGGACAUCAGCUGAUUCCUGAAGCGCUGAGAGGAUGAACUGAGGAGAAUGCAAAGGGACAUCAGCUGAUUCCUGAAGCGCUGAGAGGAUGAACUGAGGAGAAUGCAAAGGGACAUCAGCUGAUUCCUGAAGCGCUGAGAGGAUGAACUGAGGAGAAUGCAAAGAUCAAUUCGCAGGAGGAGGAGUCAAAUGAAGACCUAGUUGAAAUUCUUCCACACAUUGUUAUUGUUAUGCAUAGUUCAACCACCAUGAUUUUUAUGAUAUUCAACUUUGAGAAUAAAAAAAAGUUUCUUUA